AUGAAUAAACUAUACAAAUUAUUAAAAUAUGAAAAGUUAAAUUCAAAUCUUAAGAAAUUGCCAAUUAAAAUAUUUAAUUCAUUUAAAAGUUUAAAAACAAAAAAAGAAUUAUUAAAUUUAAAAAUACUUUCUUCAUCUGGAAUAUCAGAGAAAGAAUCUUUUAAUCAAUAUUAUAGUAAAGAGUUUAGUAUUGAUAUUGAAUAUGAAGAGUUAUUAUUACAAAUCUAUUAUAAAUAUUAUAAAUAUAAUGAAGCAAAGGAUAAUAUUGAUUAUAGUAUUAAUAAAAUUGUAAAUAGUGAUAGUAACACCGAUAAAUUAAGAGAACUUCAAAAGUUGCGAGAUUUAGAAGAUUUUCACACUUUAAAACAUGGAGUUGCGUCACCAAUUGGCAUUGAUGCUAGUUCAAAGUUUAUUACUCUUUACAAAUACUUUUCAAUAUAUGAAGGUAAUGAAAUUCUAUUAGAAGAGAUUAAAAAUUUAAUAAGUUCUAAAAAUGUCAAAUAUUUCCCAUUGAUAGAUUAUAUUGAAUCAGAUAGUGGCCACCAGCUCUAUUCUCAGAAUCAUAGAUUUCAAUCAAUCCAAGUACUAGAGUAUUUUGUUAGCUAUAAAUCAAAGGAUAAUCUUUAUGGAUUUACUUUAGAAAACUCAAGUUUAUUUACAUUUAUCAAUGCAAUUUCUCAAUGCAAUAUAGAGGAGUUACAAUUUAUUGAUAGUUUAAAUAGUAAAUUAUGUGGUGUUCCAAAUGAUCAUAAAUUCUUAUCAACAAAUUGUUCAUUUCAACAACACCAUGAUUUACUAGUAUACUUAAAUUUAACUGGUUUCCAUAGUUUUUCAAAACUAAAUUUUACAAAGAUUUGUAAAGAGUUUUUAGAAAUUAAUCAACUAGAAUUUAAAAAAGUAAAUUUAGAAGGGUUUUCUAUUUUUGAAAUAAAUGAAAUUUUUACUAUUGCCUUGAAAAACUUGGAUUUCAAAUUUUUACAUUUGAUGGUAAAUUGCAUGGAUCCAAAUUAUUUUUCUGUAGAUUUUCCGUAUGGUUUAGAAUCUACACCAAGAAUAAUUUUUAAUAAACAGGGUGAAAUUUAUCAAAUAGUUGGUGAUUGUAUUACUUCAAUAAUAAAAUUAAUGGAAAUGUUUAUAAAUAAAUUUAUUGAGAUACUAAAUAACAAUAAUAAUAACAAUGGUAAUCAACAAAAAAAAAAGAAAAAACCCUUUCAAAUUCACAUUUGGUAUAAUUUUAAAUUUAUAUUAUCAAUCUACCAGUCAUUUGGAUCAUCAUCAUCACUAAAUGAUGCACAAGAGUAUUAUGACUGUAUUAGAGAUGAUGAUGAUGAUCCAAAUGACUGUCUUGAUUUUAUUAUUGGUUGUGGUCAAGAAGGUAUAUUUAAAAAUUCAUUUUACAAUAUUAUCAAUACGUUAAUUCAUUGGUUAUCAAAUGAAAAAUUUAACGAUUUAUCAAGUACAACUUUUCUUGGUCAUUUUACAGUUAUAAACAAUGCAGUUCUAGAAUUUUGUUUGAAUAUUAAAAGAGUUGAUUUAUUUUUUGAACAGUUGGAUUAUAUACAAGGUUACAUAGAUUUGGCAAAUAAAAGUUAUGGCUAUAGAUUAGAUAGAUCAUUUCCUCAUUAUUCAUUCACAUAUAGCUCACCCUCAACAACAUUAUUACCUUCUAGUUCAUUAGUAAUUCCUCAACAGGUAUUGGAAAGAGUUUCCCAUUUUAGUGAAAACCAAACAGCAUUUCCAAAAGUCAUCAAUUCAUUUAAAUAUUCAAAACAGGUGAUUAGAUUAGCAGGUGAAGUUUUAGGGUUAGAGUCAACUCAAAGUACUAUGGAUAGUUGUAGAUUGGAUAUAGCUAGUUUUUUAUUAGAAAAUUAUGAUAUUCAAGGAUUAAAUUUCUCUUUAGGUAAAUAUAGAAAUAAUUCCUAUUGUAUCUAUAGAGAGGUGCAAUAUUUACUUGAAAAUCAUUUUGAUAAGAUUCAAUCCAAUUUACUACACAAACUAUUUAAUUCUAAUUCAACACAAUCAUUAAAUGAUAUACUUAAAACAACAUUUCCUCAAAUUAAAAAAUUAUUUUAUCAAACUGGUGUAAAUGGUUAUGAAAAAAGUGAACAAGAUUUUUUAGUUUUUAUCAAUUCAACAAAAAUCAAAAAGCAAAGAGAAUCAAUUGAAAAAUUAGAGUUAUUUUAUAAUAAUAAUAUUAAAGAGAUAACAAAGAUCUUGGAUUCAUUAUUCGAUAAAUCCUACAAACAAGAAAUAUUACCAAUUUUAAAAAAAGAAGAAAAUAGAUACGUUGACAAAAAAAAUAAUCUAUUUGCAAAACAUUUUAGUAGAGGUGAAAUUGUAUUAUGUGAACUCAUUUUAAAACACUAUCCAAAUCAAUUCAAGAUCUCAAAUUAUUUAAUCAAAGUGCAUUAA